AUGGCAGAUGCUCCGCAGGUAGUCUUCGCACAGUCUCAUCUUGAAGUCGAUCGAACCCAAGAACAACCCCACUCAGUUUGUGCAUAUUAUCAAACCCCUGAGCCGUCUCCGAUCCACUCUCCUGAACCGACUAAGGCUGCCGCUGCGCAAGAUCAAAUCACCGAUACGGCAGCAUUGCAGGUCUCCAGGGUUUUGGGACUGCGGCGAAAGCACUUCUGGACGCUAUUCAGUGUCGCAAUUGUAUUAGUCGUAGGGACUAUAGGCGGAAGCGUAGGUGGUGUGUUGGCAGUGCAGAACGCGAGUGCUCAGGAUAAGGCUGUGAUAUCUUCUACUGCUACAGAUAUCAGUUCCUCAAACAUAUUUCCAGUCAACACCUCCAAGGAUGUGACUGUAGCAGCCUCGUCGACCGUCACAGACAGUCCGACUUCUUCCUCGACAUCUCCCGCUGCCACGCCCACAAUCGACAACUCAUGUCCGCAAACGCUGAGAUCAUACAACAGCAAACUAUACGACUGCAUAGCCAGGAGGAAUGCGAACGAGGUUGGCGAUAUCAUCGCCAUGCUGGCGUACACGAUGCAACAGUGCGUGGACGCUUGCAGCAACAUGAACAUCAUCGCAGGCUCUGUGAAAUGCCGAGCAGUCGCCAUGACAAAUGGCCUGGACUAUGAGUAUCAAAAUAAUAUAGCGGCGAACUGUUGGCUGAAGAGUGCAUCGCAGCCAAGUCAGCAGUGGGAUAAUGCGACUCUUGCUGUGUUGAUUGCAGACGGGGCGUAA